AUGGAUGAGAAUUAUGCGUUGAGGAAAUUGAAUGUUGGCGGCACAAUUUUUUCGACUACAAAACGCACGCUGACAAAAUGCCCUGGAAGACUGAAAAUGAUGGUGGAACAUGAAACCGUGCCAGGAACUGAUGAAAACGGAAACAUUUUCAUCGAUCGAUCGCCGAAACAUUUCGAAUUGAUUCUGAAUUUUCUGCGUAAUGCAAAAAUUAAUCUUCCAGACUCUCUGGAGGAAGUGAAGGAAAUUCGAGCAGAAGCACACUUCUAUGCAUUGGGAGAUCUUAAAAAGUUGUGUGAUGAGAAGUUGGCGCCGGGAACUAGAGAUCACAGAAAUCUCAAAUUCAUCAAAAACGAUUAUGAGUAUAUGCAGAUUGUUACGAAACCAGUGAAGCCUGUUUUCGUCUUCCACUAUUCUCCAAUUGAACCCGACAAGUUUACUUUUUUAUACAACUUCGACAUUGAAGAUUUCCUCAAAGAAUAUAGAGAUAAAUUCGACAUUUAUUUCAGUAAAAGCUCGAAAGGCCAAAAACAACGAGAAAGUCUCUGGUGGUGGACGAUGCAUCAUCACAAUACAUAUUACGAAGCAUGUGACCAACAGGGUGUUCCUGGAUAUAUUGGAGUGAAGUUGGACAUCGAUAGGGACAUUUGGAGAUUCUCGGAAAUGGCGGGACUCGAAUAA